AUGGACAUGGCCUCAACCAUAACGAAGGACAACAAUAGCGCCCCGUCUGCAAUCGUCGACGAACUUGUUGCCGAUUUUCCAGGUCCUGCACAAGUGGCAAAACGACCAGGUCAUUCGGUCCACAUCGACGAAGAACCCAGGGCCCUUCAUCUUACCCCCUGCACGUUUACGCAGUACGCCGAACUUCCGCAAGGUGACCGUGAGAAAUACGACCUCGUCGACGGCUUGCUUGUCUUCUCACCAAGGAUGGGCGAUAACUUGCACGAACGCAUAGUGUCCUACAUUAUCAGCAAAGCUCAAGUUGCUCACGCCACUAAGAAAGCGUACAUAACCAUUUAUGGACGCGGAAAAGUGUACAUACCGAGUCGCAGGAGGGCUCUGGAGGCUCAGUUCGGUGAGGUGUUCGAUGACUCCGGCUCACCUACGUCCUCGCCAGGUGGGUCUAGUUCCUCCGGAAAAUCGGACACGGUACGCGAGCCGGACGUCUCCAUCGGCAAAUAUCGUGACGAUAGAGCUAUGGAGUCCACAGCAGGCGAGCAAUCAAAGACAAUCAGGUUUGGAAAAAACGUUGAUCCCCCCGUACUCGUGUUUGAGGUCACGAGUCCCUCCACUCGCAAUGUCGACCUCGACAGUAAGUGGAGAGCGUACCGCCGAGCCAAUAUCGAAGAAUACGUUAUUGUCGACCGUGGUGGAGUUGGUGGAAAAGAUGCUUGCGUCAUUGUGGGUAAACUUCAUGGCCGAAGCGACAAGGACGGAGACCGACAAGCGUCUGGCGAUCCUACUAUAACCACUCGCGGCAGUGGCAGUUCGCUGAUGUACCACAGAAAGAUCUAUCGGGGAAAUGAGUCCGUCAUAUGGAAAGAGACCGACAAGCGUCUGGCGAUCCUACUAUAA